UUUUCUCCUUCUAGAGAGAGAGAGAGAGAGGAGAGAGAAGAGCGAGGCCUUUUGUUGUUUUUGUAUUGAAAUGGUUGAAUUGGAAAAUACCCAGAAACCAUCGUGAUUGUUUAUUUCGUUUUUCGGAUAUGGGUUUUCCACUACUGUAUCUGAUCUUGUAAACCCAGAAAGCGAUCUUCGAUAAGCUGAUUGGAUUGGUGGAAAAUUUGGUGUUUGGGUAAUCUGGGCCGUUGUUAAUUCGAUUCUGCUUGUGUCCGAGAAAUGAACGGGGGUGAUGAGGUCGUCGCAGCAGCUCCGGGGGUUCCUCCACCGCCUCUGGAAUGGAAAUUCUCUCAGGUCUUCGGCGAGCGUACGGCCGGUGAAGAAGUUCAGGAAGUUGACAUUAUUUCUGCUAUUGAAUUUGAUAAAACUGGCGACCAUCUUGCUACUGGUGACCGUGGGGGUCGGGUUGUUCUCUUUGAGAGAACAGAUUUGAAAGAUCAUGGUGGCUCCAGAAGGGAUUUUGAGAGGAUGGAUUAUUCAGUUAGUAGGCAUCCCGAGUUCCGUUACAAAACAGAGUUUCAGAGCCAUGAACCUGAGUUUGACUAUCUGAAGAGUUUGGAAAUAGAGGAGAAAAUCAACAAAAUCAGAUGGUGCCAAACAGCUAAUGGUGCCCUGUUUCUCCUAUCUACUAAUGAUAAAACAAUUAAGUUUUGGAAGGUCCAAGAAAAGAAGGUCAAGAAAAUUUCUGAAAUGAAUGUGGAUCCUUCAAAAGCUGUAGGAAAUGGCAGUCUUGCUAGUUCAAGUAAUUUGAGUAGCCCUAAAACGUAUCUUGCAAAUGGAGGAGGCCCAGACAAAUCAUUCAGUUGUAUGAGUAAUGACAAUUCAUUUCCACCAGGAGGCAUUCCCUCGUUACGAUUGCCGCAGGUGGUAACUAGCCAUGAGACUAGCCUAGCUGCUAGAUGUCGAAGAGUGUAUGCCCAUGCUCAUGAUUAUCAUAUCAAUUCAAUUUCAAACAACAGUGAUGGUGAAACUUUUAUAUCGGCUGAUGAUCUGCGAAUAAAUCUUUGGAACUUGGAAAUUAGCAAUCAAAGUUUCAAUAUUGUUGAUGUGAAGCCUGCAAACAUGGAAGAUUUAACCGAGGUGAUAACAUCAGCAGAGUUCCACCCUACCCAUUGCAAUACGUUAGCCUACAGCAGUUCCAAAGGCUCCAUUCGACUCAUUGAUUUGCGGCAGUCCGCUUUGUGUGAUUCUCAUGCUAAAUUAUUUGAGGAACCGGAGGCGCCUGGUGCUAGAUCAUUUUUUACAGAGAUUAUUGCUUCAAUCUCGGAUAUUAAGUUCGGAAAGGAAGGAAGAUAUAUACUUAGCCGAGAUUACAUGACUCUUAAGUUAUGGGACAUCAACAUGGAUUCAGGUCCAGUCCAAACCUUCCAGGUUCAUGAAUAUUUAAGACCUAAGCUGUGUGAUUUAUAUGAGAAUGACUCUAUCUUCGACAAAUUUGAGUGUUGUCUGAGUGGUGAUGGGUCGCGAGUGGCAACAGGCUCGUACAGCAAUCUAUUCCGUGUAUUUGGUUCUGCCACUGGUAGUACUGAGGCAACAACCUUAGAAGCCAGCAAAAAUCCAAUGAGGCGACAAGUUCAGACUCCUUCUAGGCCUUCUAGGUCCCUAAGCAGUAGCAUAACACGAGUUGUCAGACGUGGAGCAGAAAGCCCCGGGGUUGAUGCAAACGGAAAUUGUUAUGAUUUCACAACAAAGUUGCUGCACUUGGCAUGGCAUCCUACCGAGAACUCAAUAGCCUGUGCUGCUGCUAACAGCUUGUACAUGUACUACGCAUAACGACAG